UGACGCCGACAACCCUCCCUUGCCGACAUUGUGAAUUACUCUCGGCGUGAAAUCCGCUUCCGCGUACGCCCGCCCGACCCGUGCUCGUUUGGGUGCUUGUCGACGCGCGCUGCGUUCGCCCGGAGCUAGUUAGCCAGCCGCGGCGGUGGGCUAGCUGGCUAGCGAGCUAGCGAAGUAUGCUAAGUGACAGACUGGUUGCCAUUGGCCAGCCAAGCCAGUGGGCACCUGUUUUACUGGCCGGCUAAUUCAGGUGGGGCGAGCAUGUGAUUUUUCUAAAUGUUAACGGAGACAGCUGACUGACGACCAAGAGCCGCCCUUUCAGUUGGAAGACUUAUCCAGGGGAGGUGGUGGAUGUUUGCUUGGAAUUUUAAUCCGCCUACCCUGUCCUUUGGACCGCACAUUGGCUGAUGACAACCACUGUAGCCUGUCCCGUUUUGUGAGUCAGCUGAGGAGAGGUUGAGCUGAUGACAAGCAUGACUUUGAGCCAAGCCACAGAUGCAUGUCUUCUCUAAAAGCACAAGUGAGCGCCAUCCAACCAGCCUCUCGGAGGGGAGGGGUGGGUGGUGUCGACGCCGUGUAGCUUGUUUCGUGCACCCCCGCCCCGAGUAGAACUGGAGGCCUCUGAUGGAUCAGGGUUGUAGCGAGCAGUGUCCAGAGGAGGCGGACUCAGGAGGCCGGGCGGAACCGGAGGGCGGGAGGAGGGCGUCCGAAUCUGAGCAUGGUUUGUCCAAAAUCACCCAUAACGCCCUGGAGAACAUGGGAGCGUUGGGCCAAGGUCUGAAGCAGCUCUUCCAGCCACAGCGCAGACGCUCCUCUGUGUCCCCGCACGACACCGCCACCUCCUGCGCGGGGGCCCCUAUUUCCGAGGCCACCGAUGCAGUCUCAGAAGUCGGGGAGCCUCGAGCCCCCUCCGCCCUCUCCUUGGAUUCUGACGGCCCUGCCGCUUCCGCCCCUCCCGCAGCACUGAGCCGCGUGCUGCAGCAGAUCCGCGGCGCUCCGCCAAUGAUGAAGCGAGGCACCAGCCUGCAGAGCCGCCGCAGCAAGGCGGGGGUCGCCGGGGACGGCCCCCGGAAAGGUAGCCCCCAGAUUCACCGUCGCAGCACCCACGAGGCCCUGCUGCAGGCUGGGCGGCCUCGUUCCUCCUCCACCACGGACACGCCCAGCAGCCCCGCCCUGGCAGACAUGCUGCUCACGUCCGGCUACCAUUCCACUGAGGAGCCUGACAAGCCCGAUCGCUACGAUGGAUCGGCUCCCGCCGCCUCACCCAACGCGGUCUACUGCGGCGCGGACGGGUACGACGUCGUCGACAGCACGCCGGACCCUCAGCGCACAAAGCAGGCUAUCGCCCAGCUGCAGCAGAAAAUCCUCAAACUCACGGAGCAAAUCAAAAUCGAGCAGACGGCGCGAGACGACAACGUGGCCGAGUACCUGAAGCUGGCCAACAACGCGGACAAGUUGCAGAGCGUGCGGAUCAAGCAGGUGUUCGAGAAGAAGAACCAGAAGUCCUCUCAGACCAUCCAGCAUCUGCAGAAGAAGCUGGAGAACUACCACCGCAAGCUUCGCGAGGUGGAACACAACGGCAUCCCGCGCCAGCCCAAAGACGUCCUCCGAGACAUGCACCAGGGCCUGAAAGAUGUCGGUGCCAAGGUGACGGGCGGCCUCUCCAGCAUCUCCCACGCCACCCACUCCGCAGCCGGAGCGGUGGUGUCCAAGCCGAGAGAAUUCGCUUUCCUCAUCCGGAACAAGUUCGGCAGCGCCGACAACAUCGCCGCCCUCAAAGAUUCUCUGGACGAGACACCGGGCGAAGAGGGGGUCAGCCCCGGGGGCACGAGGGCCCUGGCCCCGGGCCACCUGCAGUCCAGUCCCAAGUUCGGCAGCGAGGACGACUGCUCCAGCGCCACCUCGGGCUCGGCGGGCGCCAAUAGCGCGACGGGAGGCCCCGGCGGCCCCCCCAGCUCGAGGGGGAACACGCUCGAUCCUUCUCAGGCGUCCGCCUUGGAUGCUCUGCUCCACGAGAUCCAAGAUCUACGGGACAACCAAGGUCGACUUGAAGAGUCUUUUGAAAACUUAAAGUCGCACUAUCAGCGCGAUUACACCAUGAUCAUGGAGGCCCUACAAGAGGAGCGCUACAGGUGCGAACGCUUGGAGGAGCAGCUCAACGAUCUCACCGAGCUGCACCAGAAUGAAAUCCUCAACUUGAAACAGGAACUCGCCAGCAUGGAGGAGAAGAUCGCCUACCAGUCCAACGAGCGCGCCAGAGACAUUCAGGAGGCGCUGGAGGCCUGCCAGACGCGCAUCUCCAAGAUGGAGCUGCAGCUGCAGCAGCAGCAGCAGCAGGUGGUCCAGCUGGAGGGCUUGGAGAACGCCACGGCGCGGACGCUCCUGGGCAAGCUCAUCAACGUGCUGCUGGCCGUCAUGGCCGUGCUGCUGGUGUUCGUGUCCACGCUGGCCAACUGCGUGGUGCCGCUGAUGAAGACGCGCAGCCGCACGCUCUCCACGCUGCUCGUGGUCGUCUCGGCGGCCUUCCUGUGGAGACACUGGUACGCUUUCUCGGAGUAUCUGCAUCGCUUCCUGCUGCACCCCAGAUGACGCGGCGGCUUUUCGGAAAGGCGACGCGCCCCCGCCCUCCCCCCCUUCGCCCGAGAGAAGACAGCCGCUCCGCUCGCCGUCUUCGGUGCAAUCGUGGUUUUGAGAGAACUGCACACUUUUUCUCUCAGAAAUUCUGAGUUUGUUUACACGUGGACCGCUUUACGUCGUCGUCUUGAAUCAACUUUUACCGUGACUCAUCAGUCAAAAGCAUAUUUGUUUUUAAACUCAUCAGUGGACGGCCACAUUUUUUAUUUGUCACCCCCCCAAACAUGAGCUUUUGUGACCAAUUCUUCCUCACCGAGAAACGAACAUUUGCACAGCGGCGCCGUACACUGGCUCUCAAAACGGUCGCGAUGGCUUGGCGCGGUGUGUCCAAGUCCAACUGGAAGUUUCACUGCUGAAGAUGACCUAUGAACUCAACUAACAUACUUGAAGAGCGCUCAAAGUGCUCAAAGACUCAGUGCUUCCGUACUGUCUCGAUUAGUGGCAAUGAAAUAGUCAAGACGUUUUUUUUUUUUUUUUUUUUAAAAACAGACCAAUAAAUUCCCUCUUUUAACUCAA